AGGGUCAAAGUCUCAACAUGCAAUGCACUGGACUACAAAUUCCUAAAAGCCACAAGACAAAACGUUUGAACAAGUUUUAAUGGAGAUUCCAAUAUUUAUUGUUGAUGCUUUUACCAAUUUACCUUUCAAAGGAAAUCCUGCUGCAGUAUGUCUUUUAGAAAAUGAACUGCAAGAUGAACUUUAUCAGAACAUUGCUGCUGAAAUGAAUUUAUCGGAGACUGCUUUUAUCACAAGACAGGAUUCUAUGGAUUUUUCCUCAGGAGCACGGUUUGAAUUGCGCUGGUUUACCCCGAAAAAUGAGGUUGCACUUUGUGGACAUGCAACACUGGCCUCAGCAGCAGUGCUGUUUUACCUUAAAAACAAUGUCAACCCUGUUUUGGUGUUUGAGACAAUGAGUGGUGAACUACAUGUGCGUCAGCAUGGAGAAUCCCUAAUAAUGGACUUCCCCCUAAACAAACCAAAGCCCCAGGACCAACCUGAAAUCAAGGACCUUUUGAAGGCUACUGUAGGAGGCUUACCCAUUCAUGAUGUGUACUACUGUGCAACUACAAAGAAGCUGAUGGUUCGUCUAGCUGACACAUGCAACAGGUCUGAACUUACAUCUUUGAAGCCAGAAGCAGAAGCUCUGCUGAAAAAUGAAUAUACAGGGAAGAUUAGAGGAGUCAUUGUUACAAUAAAAGGAGCACCGACCGAACAGCCUGGAUAUGACUUCUACUCCCGUUACUUUGCCCCUUGGUUUGGGAUUCCUGAAGAUCCGGUCACUGGGUCUGCACAUACCGUUCUUGCUGGUUACUGGUCUGAGAAACUAGGCAAAAAGAAAAUGUUGGCAUACCAGUGUUCCAGUCGUGGAGGUGAGCUGGUGCUGGAAAUCAGAGAUGAUGGUCGACUGGACAUCAGUGGUCGGGCGCAGAUCAUUCUUCAAGGAACUCUCAAAAUAUAGACAAACACAGUUUCCUCAAUGAAUUUAAGAAUAGUUUUGAAGGAAAUCUAAAUCUAUUUUCUCUCUCACUUAAGAGCUGUAAACUAAUGAAAUGUUUGAAUGCAUUCACGUAAUGGGUUGAUACAUUUAGCAUGUGCCAAGUAAGAACUCCAAGAAAUUAUUGCAUCUGAGAUUAAAUCUGUUGGAACAGGAGACUUAAAUUUUGUAAACGUCUGAUCACAGACUCAAAAUGUCAAUUGAAAUGUUUAAUUUUAAUACAGCUUUUUUUAUUUUUUUAGCAUUCAAUCAAAAAUAAAAAAGUACAUACAAAAAUGGUCAUCUUGUUUUC